ACCCUUGUUACUGCAAAUGUAUUCUGUGACAUGCAAAAAAAGAAUGUUUUGGAGUGGUACACAGCAUUGCUCUUUACUGACCCUCCCCCCUUUUUCUAGAGUGAGUAACUGCUCUGCUCCAUUAAGUUUAUGUUUUCGUUUUCACUAACACAUCUGGUAUAAAAAAAGUUUUCAUACCAGUGUGCGUAAUUCUUUACAUAAUUCUUUACCAACAAAUUGAAAUGUUUCAUGUUUUCAUGCAAAUAAGCAUUAAGAAAUGGUGACCUUUCCUUUGUCUUAUUUUUUUCACAGUACCAUCUGUUGACUUCGCUUGGCACUCUAACAUUUCACCUCUGGAGAUUGUAAGAGUAGAGAGGCAUGGAGAGUAGAAAACUGAUUUCUGCUACAGACAUUCAAUAUUCUGGCAGUCUGCUGAACUCCCUGAAUGAGCAACGUGGCCAUGGACUCUUCUGUGACGUUACCGUUAUCGUGGAGGACCGAAAAUUCCGGGCCCACAGGAAUAUUCUUUCAGCUUCUAGUACUUACUUCCAUCAGCUCUUCUCAGUUGCCGGGCAAGUUGUUGAACUGAGCUUUAUAAGAGCAGAGAUCUUUGCCGAAAUUCUCAAUUAUAUCUAUAGUUCUAAAAUUGUUCGUGUUAGAUCGGAUUUACUUGAUGAGUUGAUUAAAUCAGGGCAGCUGUUAGGGGUUAAGUUUAUAGCAGAACUUGGUGUCCCAUUGUCACAGGUUAAAAGCAUCUCAGGUACAUCUCAGGACGGUAAUGCAGAAACCGUACCUCCUGGUUCUGGUGACAAGAACCUUGAAAUACAAAAGUCAAAAGAUGAAGCCCAAGAUAACGGGGCCACUAUAAUGCCUAUUAUAACCGAGUCUUUUUCCUUAUCUGCUGAAGAUUAUGAGACAAAAAAGAUCAUUGUUACCGAUUCAGAUGAUGAUGACGAUGAUGUCAUUUUCUGCUCUGAGAUUCUGCCUGCAAAGGAGACUUUGCCGAGUACCAAUGCAGUGGCUCAGGUCCAGCCUAACCCAGGUUCCGUUGCCAUUUCAGAUGUUGCACCUGGUGCUAGUAAUAACUCUCCCCCUUUACCAAAUCUCACACCUACUCAGAAACUUCCUACUUCUGUGAAUCAGGCAACUCUGAGCCAGACGCAAGGAAGUGAAAAAUUGCUGGUAUCUUCAGCCCCAACACAUCUGACUCCCAACAUUAUUUUGCUAAAUCAGACACCACUUACUACACCACCAAAUGUCACUUCUUCACUUCCAAAUCAUAUGUCUCCUUCAAUCAAUUUGCUGGUGCAGAAUCAGCAGACACCAAACAGUGCUGUUAUAACAGGAAACAAGGCCAAUGAAGAGGAGGAGGAGGAAAUUAUAGAUGAUGAUGAUGACACUAUUAGCUCCAGUCCAGAUUCGGCGGUCAGUAAUACAUCUUUGGUCCCCCAGGCUGAGAUCCCCCAGAAUGCCACUUUUGAUGGAUCGUUGGUACAGAAGAUGCAGAUUCCUACACUUCUGCAAGAGCCACUUUCCAAUUCUUUAAAAAUUUCAGAUAUAAUUACUAGAAACACUAAUGAUACAGGUUUAGGAUCAAAACAUCUAAUGGAGGGUCAGAAGAUCAUUACCUUAGACACAGCUACCGAGAUUGAAGGCUUGUCGACGGGUUGCAAGGUUUAUGCAAAUAUCGGAGAAGAUACUUAUGACAUAGUGAUCCCCGUCAAAGAUGACCCUGACGAAGGGGAGGCCAGACUUGAGAAUGAGAUACCAAAAACACCUAGCGGUGAGACGCCCAGCAAACGUAUGAAAGUAAAACAUGAUGAUCACUAUGAGUUAAUAGUAGAUGGGAGGGUCUAUUAUAUCUGUAUUGUGUGCAAAAGGUCAUAUGUCUGUCUGACAAGCUUGCGGAGACACUUUAACAUUCAUUCCUGGGAGAAGAAGUACCCUUGCCGUUACUGUGAGAAGGUAUUUCCUCUUGCAGAAUAUCGCACAAAACACGAAAUUCAUCACACAGGGGAGCGAAGGUACCAGUGUUUGGCCUGUGGCAAAUCUUUCAUCAACUAUCAGUUUAUGUCUUCGCACAUAAAGUCAGUUCAUAGUCAAGAUCCUUCUGGAGACUCAAAGCUUUAUCGUUUACAUCCAUGCAGGUCCCUGCAGAUCAGACAAUAUGCGUAUCUUUCUGAUAGGUCAGGCACUAUGCCUGUAAUGAAGGAUGAUGCCGUUGGCUAUAAGGUCGAUGCUGGGAAAGACCCUGCAGUAGGGACCGCAUCUACUCCUCAGAACAAGCCAAUGACCUGGGAAGAUAUUUUUAUUCAGCAGGAAAAUGAUUCAAUUUUUAAACAGAAUGUAACAGAUGGCAGUACCGAGUUUGAAUUUAUAAUACCAGAAUCUUAUUGAACUUUGAAAACUCCAAAAGUUUGGUUUGCAUUCAGGGGCAGGGGUUUCAAAAGACCUGUAAAACAAAUUAAGGUGAAAACGAGUUCAUUUGAUCUGCCACAUCAUCUGAAGGCAGUCUAGUUGGAUUAUUUGUUGAUAAUUUUUAGAAGCAAAUUAUUCUGAAAGUUUGAGUAGAGAUUGAGAUACCCCCGCCCGAGUAUCUGUUUGUAUAGUUAGCUUUCAGCUCGUUUUAAAGAGGCAAGAAGAAAAAAAAAAACUUGGAGAGAUAGUUUCCUAAAUAGAAUUUGAAGCAGUCUGAAUGUUUUUUGAAAAUAACUGGAGUUAUUAGCAUACCCUAGUCUAUCUUACAACUUUCCCCUUCCAUGUUAGCACUUUACUGCUGAAUUCUCAAUUAUCUUAAUAUUGAGACUAUAAAUGCGUGUUGUGUUUUGGAUGUGGCAAAAAAAAGUAAAUAAGAACUUCUAAAGUUGUUCUGGAAAAUUGCAGAAUAAGUUUCUGCUUGGUUGUGUAUUCUGCUAGCCCAAAUGGAUAGCAACCUCCUGCCUCCCUCCCGCCAUGAAAAUGGCCGCACAGACAAGUGUCUCAUCUGAAGAAAGAGUUUUAGUUAAUUAGAAUUGAGUUUUGCUUUUAUUGCCAUUGUCUGGAAAAGACUUUGGUGGCUGGACUACUGUAUAUAUAUACCUUCGCGGUUGUGGCCUCAGUGGGCAGAGGUGUUAAUGGAAAACACAUCUCUGUAUUGCAGACAGGAGGAGAGGAAAAGUUCUGUUGCGUUUGUUUUGAGUUCUGUGUUCUUACAUGAUAGAGAGUGGAAGUGAAUGGAGAGUUCCCUUUUUGUUCAUCUGGUUAAAAAUGUUCCCCUUCCGAAAUUUCAAAGUUUGAAUCCGAAAGCCACCAAAUAAAUAUUUCAUUAUGUAUAAAUCUUUAUAAAUGAUAGAUUCCAUAAAUGAGACUCCUACAUAUUUUAGGCAGGAGGCUACCGGUAUAUAUUUUUAAAUGUUCAUAUUACUUAGAAUUUCUAAUAGAAAGUUUUCAUUCGAAAUAGUUGAAUUCAUGAUCUAGUAUUUUCCUUUCACAAGACCUUUUAGGUUUUUACCCCUUCUAAAGUAAGUUCCAUUCCAUCUGCAAAGUGCUGCAAUAUUAUAGCAAUCAGAACUAUAUAUGUAAUGUUAUAUAGGCUUGUUGAUUCCCGUUUAUCUUGCGAACAAUACGUGUACCUUUCUUCCUUUUCAGGUGACACAUAUUUAAAACACUUAGAGAAUAAAGUCAAAACUCACUGAAGUGAUAGUACUAAAAGGAAGCAGGUUGGAACAAAUAUAUAGCCUAGCCUUUAUAACAGGAUUAAUGUGUUGAACUUCUGUAAAUUACUUUUUGCAAAGGAAAAAAAUUAAUAGAUACUGAAAAAGAUUGUUGUGAAUAGUCGUUAGUCCUUUGUAACCUUGCUUAAAUAUUUCUUAAUUCAACAUAGAUAUUUUCUUUCUCUUUAACUAUGUAUUUUUAAAAAUAGUCUAUUUCUUGACUUUGAACUUAAAGCUUUAAUCGUAAUUUUUCACGUAUACAUCAUUCUUCUGACGGUAAGCCAGAUUCAAAGAUAAUGGUUUCAGUGUUUCACUUGGUAGCAGAGGGUAUCAGGCCUCAGUAUUUGCAAUGACGUGAGAAGGAAAAAUGCUAUAAUCUUCUGCUUACCGAGGGCUAGAAUGAUGUGCAUCUGUCUGUUUUCUGUUCGGAGUCUUGACGUUCAAACCAUUUUGCGAACUAAUCCUUGGAAAAGUUUAAGUUACCUUAGAACUUAAGACUCGGAUCUCUGGAAUCACAGUAUCUGUUUCGGUUCUGUGCAGAUACUGACAACAUUACUCUGACUAUAAGGUGCACUCAGAAGUAUUUCCGGUGGAAAUCUGUGUGAGUUUCAUUAAUGCUCUUUCACCAGUUAGACAUAACUGCUUCUGUGAGUGUGAAUGAUACCUACAGCCAGCAGAGCUUCCAGACCUUUCAAAUUUACCUGCUAGGAAAAUUAGUUGAUCAUAAUAAAACUUAAGAGUUUCUAACAAGGCUAUUAUGACAAACCAGGUAUUGAGUCUGUAAGGGAAAACUGUCCAUUCUGAAGAAUACGAACAGAAUUAUUAUGCCCUGCUGCUGUGCUGUCAGUUUUGAGUAUAAAAUUUAAACUCUGUGCCUAAUGAAGGUGUCUUCUAGAGUUUUCUGGGGAGAAGGAAAACUGGAAAGUUAACUUGUAUUUUUGCCAGAAGACUCUUCCUUGCAUGUAUGUCAAGGUCUUCAGUUUUUUCAGAAGUUUCUAUAUCCAAAGUUCAGAAUUUGUGCAAAUUAACUCCUUUGGGGCUGAAACCAUUCACUCCCGGUGUUUAUUGGGUUGGAGAUCUGUAGCAAGAUUCUGUUUAAAACUUCCCAUGGUGUUUUCCUAUUUCGUACUUCGCUUUCUGGCUACUAAAUUCCUUCUUUUUUCUUUCAAGUUGGCUGCAAAUUUGCGCCUACACUAAAAUACCUGUAAACCUUCUGGAUAGGAACCGUUUGAAAAUACCAAUGUGCUGAAAGAGAUGACAAAAUGAAAAUGCCCAAACUAAGCAAAGAUUUUAAAAUGCCAUAGCAAUCCUGCAAGAUUUACUUUAAAAUAGAUUUUAAAUGAUCAUUACCAUCUCAGUACUGAUCCCCAAAUGCAACUACUAUGAGGAAUUGAUGUUGUCUUUUCCCCAUUGUACCAAAAAGAUAAAUGGUUAAAAAUGGUCAAGGUAUUUCGUAUUGUCAAGGCAUGCCUAAUCUAAAGGAUUAAAUGUUAAUUCAACAGCACUGGCUUCCUCACCUCUGUCAAUCAUACGAAACCGUGUUCAUUUCCACCCAGUACUGUAAUGUUCAUACUUGUACAAUCUUUCCUAUCAUAUGACUUUAAGUUCUACUUUUCAUUAACCAUUUCCUGGUAUUAGUUCGUAGAGCUUCUUAUGGCAAAAAUAAAAUGUUAUAAUUCUGA